CAUCACUUUUCUGCAGUGAUACAUUUUGCUGGUCUUAAAGCCGUUGGGGAGUCGGUCCAGAUGCCACUGGAAUAUUACAAGGUGAAUCUGACAGGGACCAUCCGGUUGCUAGAGACCAUGAAAGCCCAUGGAGUCAGGAACAUUGUGUUCAGCAGUUCAGCCACCGUCUACGGAAACCCCGUUUACCUCCCUCUUGAUGAGAAGCACCCUGUUGGCAGCUGCACCAACCCCUAUGGCAAAUCCAAGUAUUUCAUUGAAGAGAUGAUCCAAGAUUUGUGCAAGGCAGACCCAGAGUGGAACGCUGUGCUCUUGCGAUAUUUUAACCCUAUUGGAGCUCACAAGUCUGGAAAAAUUGGAGAAGACCCCCAGGGCAUCCCAAACAAUCUGAUGCCUUAUGUUGCCCAGGUGGCUGUGGGGCGCAGAAAACAUCUGAACAUCUUCGGGAAUGAUUAUGACACAGUAGAUGGGACAGGCAUUCGGGAUUACAUCCAUGUAACUGAUCUGGCGAAGGGCCAUAUUGCAGCCUUGAAGAAGCUCCAGGAGAACUGUAGAUGCAAGAUUUACAACCUUGGGACUGGUGUUGGUUACUCGGUCUUGCAAAUGGUCAAAGCCAUGGAGAAGGCAUCUGGAAGACAGAUAAACUACAAGAUUGUUGAACGCCGAGAAGGAGACGUAGCCUCUUGUUAUGCAAACCCUGGUUUAGCUGAGCGGGAGCUGGGUUGGAAAGCUAUCUUUGGUCUGGACAAAAUGUGUGAGGACUUAUGGCGAUGGCAGGCACAGAACCCCACUGGUUUCAGCAAGAACUAGGAGACGGAAGAUGUUGCCUGCUCUUCCCACAUACAACCACUACUAGUACAUUAGUGCAGACCCAAGAGCUGACUAGUUUUGAAAAAGGAAGAUGGCCCAUGCUCGUUUCUUCUUUCCUUUUUGGAGCCGACUGAUCACACCAAACGAGGAUGCCAUUGGCCUCUUCAGUGGCCUGUUCUUUUCUCCUCAUCCCAUCUCUUUGUCAGAAACUCAAGAGUCUUUUUACUGGCUGAGGCGAUGUGUUUUUUUUUUUUACUGAAUGAGCAGCAGGACAGCUGGGUAUCACUGGAGGACUAAAUCCAAAUGUUUCCCUAGAGCCUGGUUAGCUCUGGGGGAAUGUAAUCCACAACACUUUGGGGUUUUUUCGGCUUCAAGAGACAAGAGCUGCUUAGGGUUAAGAGAGCAAGAUUUCAGAGACUUGAUUCUUUCAUUUGAGCGGAAGAGCCAGGACACCUAAGUGGUCAAAAAACAAAGCCUGUGGGUGGUAAAGUGGGUUUUGUCAUUAUCGCCAUUUCUUUUUCUAAAUUAUAAACUGUACACUUAUAUUUUUUGAGCAAAAAGAAUUACCUCUUUAAGCUACAUAAGCUGUAAAUUUUAACGUUGCUCAGUCUAUAGUCCAAAGCUUAUUGGGCUGGCUGGUCUUCAAAACGAGACAUCACAGAUUAAUAGUGACGCUUUUUGUUCUCCUGGAUAGUGGUAUAACUAAAGGUACUACAUGCAGUGAUGUUUCUAACGUCUUGAAAAGAGAGGCUCCCACUAAUAGCUUUCUUUUAAGAUUGUAAAUUGAGAAAAAGCAGAAGAGCGUCUGCCAGUAAUGUAGGUAUACAGUAUAGUCCUCAGGUUAUGACUAUAAUGGAGCUUCUCGUCAUAGCUGACAGUCAUAAAGCAUCAAUUUUACUACCUUUUUUGUGGUGGUGGUUAAGUAAACACUGUAGUCUUUAGGUGGACCAAUAGCUCACUAUGGGCAUGGUUUUGUUAGGAAUAUAAUCUAACGGUUGGGUUAGCAAUAUAUAA